AUGCGUGAAACUAGGACCAAUGCACUGGGAUGGAGCCAAACGGGUUUACUCGUAAAGAUUAUAUCGUUCUUUUCAUCUCGACAACAAGACCAUUCUCUAAUCCGAGACACUGCCUCAUUCUACGCGUUCGACCAGUCUAUCUUCACCCAAGAAAUUUUUCCUCGUAUGCUUCGCUUCCCUGACUCUCAUAUCCCUCAAGUACAUGCAAAUUCGAGCAACGCAUUCAGAAUCAAUGAGCUACCUACAGAUAUUCUCAACGAGAUUUUCCUACGUGUCGUGCGGAUAGCACAGAAGGAUGUGGCGAGUGAGGAAUCUAUGCUGGUGCCACUGCGCCUUUCGCACGUUUGUCGUACAUGGCGUCACGCAGUUGUAUCGUGUGCAUCUCUUUGGGCGUACAUCAAUGUCCUUGUGGAUGUUUACCGCAGCACGGAACAAGAUGAAAGGCUCGUAAAAGCUGUCGACACUUGUAUCGAGAUGUCCAAGGCAGCUCCGCUUAGCCUGUCAGUCACUUGCAAUACCAUCCACGUUCCAAAGCCGAAACUAGAAGUCGCGAGGUAUAUUCUUAACAGAUUACUUGGUCAACAGCACCGCUGGAGGGUGGCUAAUUUCGCCUUCAAAGAGAUGGAUCCUAUUGUAUCGUGUGCAUCUCUUUGGGCGUACAUCAAUGUCCUUGUGGAUGUUUACCGCAGCACGGAACAAGAUGAAAGGCUCGUAAAAGCUGUCGACACUUGUAUCGAGAUGUCCAAGGCAGCUCCGCUUAGCCUGUCAGUCACUUGCAAUACCAUCCACGUUCCAAAGCCGAAACUAGAAGUCGCGAGGUAUAUUCUUAACAGAUUACUUGGUCAACAGCACCGCUGGAGGGUGGCUAAUUUCGCCUUCAAAGAGAUGGAUCCUAGUAGAUUGCCAGAAAUUGAACUCAUUAACGUGCCAAUGUUGGAGUCACUCCGCAUCUCUUGGAGGACGCUAGGGGCGUCUAAUAUGGCACAACCACAAGUACGUAUUGAUGCUUCGCGUUCUUUAAGUCUCAGGUCUUUGCACGUCAAAGGCAUCCGUUUGGAAAUCAGUGGAGGAAAACUUUAUGGUGUAAAGGAAUUGACCUUCCACGGUGUUGAGACGGAAGUCCGGCUGGUGGAGCAUCUGGAAAUCGUCAAAAAGGCACCGUUAUUGGAAUUCAUGGAGGUCGAGUUCGUCUCGAGCAAAUUAGCUGGACCAGAUGAUUUCCAAUUACCCGUGAUAACACUACAUAACCUGCAUACACUUGUGGUCAACGGCUCUAAUGUUUCUAUGUCCAUCAUACGCAACCUGAUCCUCCCGUCUCUGAGACGAUUGAUUUGUGGCCCUUUCGGACCUGCUAACUACCAAAACAUCAAAGGCCUUGUAGAUAUGGGCGAACGGAACCAGCCACCUUUGGAAUACUUGGAGGUCUGUAAUACCUCCGUGACUGAGUGGACUGAAGACAAGGUCGUCGCCCUUCUUCGACUCCUACCCGAGUUGAAAACUCUGCGUAUGGAGAAAGUCUAUGUCACAUCCAAUCUCUUCAACAUGCUGUCUGUAAAAGACACAGCCAAGAGUCAUAACGAGUUUUGGGGAGUCGUCCCAAUUCUGUGCCCCAAUCUCAUGGAGUUCUAUCUCAAAAGGAACGGGUACCUCUGCGAUGGAGAGGAAAAGCAGAAGGAAUGUGUUGACUCAUUACACCCGAGUAAUCUCUCGAUCUAUUAUGCUGUCACCAAUACUACAGCUGCUUAUGCCGGCCCAGUCCUUUGUAUCUAA